AUUAAUUUGAGAUCUCUGUUGAACAUGACUGUUAUAGAGUCGGUCUAUCUAAAUUUUUUAAAUUAUCAAGAGUACGAGAAACUAAUUUACUUGCUACUUUUACAUUUUCAAAGAAUUAGUAAUUUAAUAUAGAUAAAUAAGAUCCACUUCAAUACAUUCCCAGUCCCACACAUUCAAAUAUCCAUAAUGCACAUGAUGUCUAUUUGCUUUCUUGAUGGUAAAUCUUAAUGAAAUGGCUAAUCAGAUGUUAAAAUUGGCUGCAUUUGUGAUAGCUUGCAGUAGUAUCACAACAAGGCUAGAAGGUUUUACAGAAAAUGGCAAGUGCAGGGCAGCAAGGUGUGGAAAAACUGAUAUCCGCUUUCCUUUUCAUCUCAAACACAGUGCUGAGGAUCCUUGUGUCUUCCCAUCUGGCUUUCAACUCAGUUGCGAUAAAACUUACAAAAAUGUCUUAGCUCCGACGAUAAAGUUUGAAUACGAGGCCAGUACCUCUCUUCCCGGACUCUACCUUUCAUUCUCUGUUCAGGCUUCUGUUGCUUCUAUCGACUACAGAUCGCGCCAGCUCUAUUUUGAAGCUUUAUCUGUAGUUGUCACACAAAACUACUACCACUUCCACAACAACCAUUCUAAUCGUAAUCAUUAUACUUUCAAACCUUUUGUAUUAACUGACGGCACAUCAAUUCAAAUUCAACUAUUUGGCCGCGUCCACAGCUGCAAUGACUAUACAUAUCACAAUUGUUCAUCAACAAGUGAUUUAAGUAGAUUUCACCGCUCCAUAAAUCCAUCCUUUCCCGAAAUCAUAGGUACUGUCCCUUCUCUGAGAAGCCAUAAUCGUCAAAUCUAUGCCAUCUGUUCUCUCCUGGACACUGCUGAAGUGCCUCUAACAUCUUGCACCAAGUUGUACAACAUUUCUCAUGUCCCCUACACUGUGGGAGGGCUGACUUGGUCCGGACCUGAUUGUAGUGAUUGCGAAGUCAAAGGACAGUAUUGCAAAUUCAGAAGAAACAGCAAGAUUUUCACCGAGUGCUACCCCAAAGGUUCAUUACAUAUACUUCUUCUAACAGUCGGAGCUAUCAUUUUUGGAUUGCUUACAAUUGUAGCACUGUGCUAUGCUAUAAAGUUCUUUAAACAGAAGAAAAGAUACCAGUUGAAGGUCGAAACCUUUUUGGAGGACUACAGAGCACUUAAGCCCUCAAGAUACACUUAUGCUGAUAUUAAAAAGAUCACCAAUGAAUUUAACGUCAAAUUAGGGGAAGGAGGCUAUGGAUCGGUGUUCAAGGGACAAAUUUCAAAUGAUGUUGUUGUUGCGGUUAAAAUACUAAAUGAUAAGCUUGGGGCCAAAGGAAGUGGAGAGGAUUUUAUAAAUGAAGUUGGUACAAUCGGCCUAGUCCACCAUGUCAAUGUGGUUCGUCUGGUUGGGUACUGCGCUGAUGGCUGUAGAAGAGCUCUAGUUCAUGAGUUUCAACCGAACAACUCACUUGAAAAGUUUGUCUAUAGAAAAAAUAGGAACCAAGGAUUCCUUGGAUGGGAAAAGAUGCAAAAUAUUGCUCUAGGCAUAGCCAAGGGUAUUGAGUAUCUUCAUCAAGGUUGUGCCCAGCGAAUCCUCCACUUUGAUAUUAAACCUCACAACAUAUUGUUGGACCAAAAUUUCACUCCCAAAAUCUCAGAUUUUGGUUUAGCAAAGUUGUGUAACAAAGAACAAAGUAUGAUCUCCAUGACUAUGGCAAGAGGGACAAUAGGCUAUAUUGCACCAGAAGUAUUUUCCAGGAAUUUCGGAAAAGUAUCAACGAAAUCAGAUGUUUAUAGCUAUGGAAUGCUGUUGCUAGAAAUGGUUGGAGCAAAGGAUCACACUUCAGUAGGUGCAGAAAAAAGCAGUGCAUAUUUUCCAGCAUGAGUUUUCGAUCAGCUUGAACAGGGGUCGGAAAUGAGAAGCCAGAAUAUUGAGAAAGAAGUAGAUAACAUCAUAGCAAAAAAGAUUACUAUCGUAGGACUAUGGUGCAUAAAUUGGCAUCCAGCAGACCGUCCUUCCAUGAAACGCGUUAUUCAAAUGCUCCAAGAUGAAGAUUGCCCAGCAAUACCUCCUAAUCCGUUUGACUCAGCAAGUUCAAGCUCAAGAAAUGCAUCCACAUUUAGCAGCAGGCUUGAAGAUAUUUCUGAAUCAGACUGAGAGCUCCUAGGAUUGUGAGUUGCCUCUACUUAAAUUUGUACAAAAUAGAAAGUCUAGGAAAUGGCAUGAUUUUAUGGCAUAUUCCAACUAAUUAUGUACCUGAUGUAAAAGCUAUGACACCAUAUGAUGUUUAAUUCGAUGCACCACUACAUUUAUAAAGAU